CUUUAAUAUCUGGCACUUGUUUUCAGUAGGAAAUUGUGUUAGUGAACCCAGAAUGAAACUCAACAAUUCCGUGCUUAUCGCGCUUUGUGCGGCCAUGGCCAUCUGCGCCCAUGCAGACACUAUCACUUGCGAGGAGAAAGCUUCGGUUACGUGUGAGUACUAUAAUAACAUACAGUGCUGUGAGUACAGCGGUUGUGAUGAUAUGGGCACCCCUAAGUGCACAGAAGAUAAUUGUUGCAGAGAUAAGCCAAUGCCCGAUGAGUAUUACUGUGAGGUCAAAGGGUACGAUUGUGAAUACAAGGAAAAACACUUAGAGUGUUGCGAGGAUAAGAAAGCCUGUGACAAGGAUGACAUGGAAAAACCAGUCUGCUCCGAGGAUUACUGCUGUGCAGAUCACGAGGAAAAUGAAUAUGAUCUGACAUGUGAAUCUGCUGCCGAUGUCGACCCCAGAAAGAGAUGCAAUAAAAAUAAGCAUGUGAUAGAUGAUAAAGAAUGCUGCAGGUACACAGGCAGAUGCAGCGAAGGGUACGAGCAAUCCAAAUGCCUGCACUCCUUCUGUUGCGAAAAGGACGAUAAUGAGGACGAGAACACCUGCUUCGACAUUUGGGAUUGCGAAUACACAGAUCCGGAGUACAAGUGCGGAGAAGAUGAUGAUAAGUGUACCCUACAGGCCUGUUGCAAAGACACUGAUCCCGACGGUAAAUACAACGAGUUCUGCGACAUCGCACCUGAAGUUGAAAAAGGCAGUACCAAGGAUUCAUGCCCUGCUGGCGAGGUCAUCGACGAUGAGAAGCGUUGCUGCCGCUAUUCCAACCGAUGCUCUCAUGAUUGGAGCCAGAGGAAGUGUCUAUAUUCCAAUUGCUGCAUGAAGGGUGAAGCUGGCGACGAUGAUGAUGAUGAUGAUGACUCGUCGUUCAUCUCAUGUGAUCAAUACUACAAAGAUGGCGCUGAAUGCAACGGCGAGAAGAAAGAGGGUAGAUGCAAGGAACGCGCUGACAGCACCGAGUCAUGCUUGACUGUGUGCUGCAGCGGUUGCCCCCCAAUAACACUACAAGCCUGCAAGUACGGACGAGUUAAGGACAAGAAUGGAUGUGACACCAAUGAAUGCAUGGAUGCUCCCAGUGAUGGAUGCCCCCCUAUAACACUACAAGCCUGUAAGUACGGACGAAUUCAGGAUAAGGACGGCUGCGACACCAGCGACUGCAAGGGUGAAAACGACAGAACUUGCGCAGAAGAGGUUGAGUGCGACGAGUACAAGAACAAAGACUGCUGCCGAAACACGGACAGUUGCUCAGAUGGCUAUGCACAGAACAAGUGUUUGGAAAGUUAUUGCUGUGCGUGAGUCAUACUGGGCUUAACCUUCUAGAUGCGCCUCGGCGAGAUGUGUUCUCCGUCCGUUUGCGCCGUGGGAAUAGUUCGUUCCAGACCACAGCGCUUUAGUGAUCAGAAUGACUAUAGUGCGGAAAACAGCUAAGCUGCACCAGUGGAAUCGAGCUUCUAAUAAAGUUAAUAUUUGUCA